AUGGCUCGCCCCAUGGGGUCAGUCCGCUUGAAGAAGGCGAACCCAGUGACCCUCGUCCUCGGUGUCUUCCUGUGCAUUUUCAUCAUCGUCUUCCUUGUCGGGCCUUCCAAGUCCUCCAGGCCAGAGCCCGCAGGCACCGCCUCCCACCAUCUCUCGCCGCCCACCGCACCCUACCGAAAGAAGUCGAAAUCAGACACAAGACCGCCCCCAGUCGUCCGCUACAACCUCAACAAUGUCACGAUUACUCCCGAUCCAAUUACCAAUCGCGAGUCUGUCCUCAUCCUCACGCCCAUGUCCCGCUUCUACCAGGAAUACUGGGAUAACUUGCUGACCCUGAGCUAUCCUCACGAUCUCAUCUCUCUCGGCUUCAUCCUGCCCAAGACUAAGGAGGGCAACGCCGCGACCGCUGCGCUGCAGGAGCAGAUUACCAGGACCCAGGACACAGAGAAGAAGUUCAAGAGCAUCGUCAUCAUGAGGCAGGAUUUCGAGCCCGCCAUAGCAUCCCAGGACGAAGCAGAGCGGCACAAGAUGGAGAACCAAAAGGCUAGGCGUGCGGUCAUGUCCAAAGCUCGCAACUCGCUGCUUUUCACCACUCUUGGUCCUCAGACCUCGUGGGUUCUCUGGCUCGAUGCCGACAUUGUCGAGACGCCGCCCACUCUCAUCCAGGAUCUGGCCGCCCAUGACAAGCCUGUCAUCGUGCCCAACUGCUUCCAGCGAUACUAUAACGAGGACACCAAAAAGAUGGACGAGCGGCCGUACGACUUCAACAGCUGGCAGGAUAGCGAGAUCGCGCAAAAAAUGGCUGAGUCCAUGGGCCGCGAUGACAUUCUGCUUGAGGGCUACAAGGACAUGCCAACGUACCGCGCGUUGAUGGCAUACCUGGGUACCGACGAAAAGGACAAGAGCGCAGAGAUUCCUCUCGACGGCGUCGGUGGUACGGCGCUGCUGGUCAAGGCCGACGUCCACCGCGAUGGCGCCAUGUUCCCUCCCUUCGCUUUCUAUCACCUCAUCGAAACCGAGGGCUUCGCCAAGAUGGCGAAACGCUUAGGUUGGCAACCGUUUGGGCUCCCGAAUUACAGGAGAGCUAACCUAUGGGCCGUCGUACCGUCCCUCAUCGUCCCGACACCAGAACUCGACGAGGGCGCGGGUGCCCAACACGUCCCCGCCGCGCAGCAGCGCCGCGACGUCGACGUUGAGCGGGCUGUCCGUCUCCGGGUACGCCAGCAGCGUGCGCACGGCGCGCACGCUCUCGAGGACGCUGUACGCUGGUGUCCAGGCGUCCUUCAGCAGGUCCAGGCAGAUUUCGCCCGUCUGCAGGGCAAUGUUUGCGUGCACGAUUGGCGUGACGAAGCGUAUCGUUGGCGGGCGGAGGGGGUAGUCUGUCGGGAUCUUGAUUUCGAGGAGCCAGCGGCCUCCUCAUCGUCGACCGGCCCGAGCCUCUCGAUGCCCCUCUCGUCCUUCUGUUCCCCGCGCCAGACGUCAAGCUCCUUGAUGAGGCGCUUGAUCGCGCCACGGCCGUCCGACGAGGACUUGGACUUCUUCUUGCCCCCAACUGCUGGGCCCGUUGGGUUUGAGCUAGAAUCGGGGAGGUUCUGGAUUCGCCACGACAUCUUGAGGAUGGGCGCCGGGGGGGAAGGAGGUCGAAGGGAUGGUGCCAAGAGCUACGUCGUUUGGGCCCAGAUUGGUUUCGCGAUGCUGCUACUGCUGAUCGUGUGUAGACCAGACAGUCGGAAUCUGGGAAUGUACGGUUUGCGCGCUGGCUCACGUGGAAACUGCUAG